AUGAUGAGAUGUAGGAGAUCAUAAGAGCCGUAAUGCCAACCUAAACAAUAAAAGCAGGAGGUUCUUUAAAAGAUUACGCGAUUUGUUUACAUUGCCCUAAAGACGAAAAUAGCUAAAAUGGAGCUAGAUUAAAACGAAACCUUUCGCAAAGACUGGAAUGGCGGCAACCAGACGAGAAUUCAAACAACAGAAUGCUGAUCAUUGAUAUAAAUGGACAAGUGGCUUUAUUCAGAGAUCUACUAAUUCACAUCGGACAGACAAGGGAUUGUCCUGAAUUACGGGAGAAGAUCAGAAAAUUACGACGAAGUUGCGUGGAGGCCUGCAAGCAUACCAGCCAAUUAAUUUUGCCCCAGCUACGCAGCGCUGUGGCGGAGGGAAUUCCUGCCGACAACCCGCAUCUAGUUCUCCUCUUCUUCAUGUCGCAACUAUUCCUCCGUGAACUCACCAAGUGCCACCGACUAGUUCAAAUCAUUCCCAUGGAUAUGUCCGGAUACUACGAUAACCGCGCCGGGCCGUCGAAUUUGGGAAAUGUCAUAAGUCAAAUUCUUUUGUGUAAACAAAUAACACCAGAUUUCAAUCAGGAGGAAUUGUGCAGCAUCUCGAAAGAUUCGCAGGAGAUCGGGAAGCUAUUGAAGGAAAUGCAGGAGUACAUGCCCAAACAAGAAAAUAACUUGGAGAAAUCAAUUGCUCUAACAGAGGACCUUACAAGUCAGUGGACCAAUAAACGUCGAAGAAAUUCAUUAUAUAAGAAUAUGGGGUUACUUUGUUGUGUUCGUCGUCCUAAUUAUCUGUGACUAUGUGAAUUAAAAGGAACACUACUCAUUUUAGAAAUUACAGCAUCGUAUCAAAAAUUGGUUCAUUAUAUUGCCGCAGGCAAUGCCUUCUUCCAUUUUUAUAUAUCGACAUUCCCAUAAGUACAAUUAUUUGCAAUAAAAUGUAGUAACCUAGAAUGAAAACAGUCAAUCCAACUUUCGAACACUUACUAAAAAUCAAUCUACAAUAACCGUGCCAAUUUUUGCUCAAUCGAUAGUACAAUAGUCACGUAGAUAGAAAUUUUUAGCCGUCGUAAGUUCAUUUUUUUCUACAACAAAAAUCACCGAAAAAUGGAUGGAUAAUUACGGCGUACGAGCUUCCGGCAAGUACUUCUUUUAUUUUAUCAUAGCUAGUUCUCUAAAUUUGCAUUUCGAGUCUUUCAAAAAUGCUUCUUUGGAACGUCGACUCGGUUCUGUUGAGCAAAAAUUAGUACCGACGAUAAGGAUAAUGCAAGGAUAUCGCACUACAAAAUACUGACAUUUCAUUAAAGUAUCAAACUCUGCAAAACCCACUUUAAAUGAAAUGGCUUUAUUUAGACCAAUAAUGAUAUCACAAUUUAAGUUAAAUACAUGAAGAUCACAUUUUUAGUCUCAGUAUAUACAAAAAAAUGCUGUAGUGUAUCACAUUUACCCUUUAAAGUAACCAAAAACGAAAAGAAAUCAGUUUCAUUCGUAAUUCCCGCGCAGCUGCACUUCGGAAUUGUUCGGAAUUCGUCAAUAUUAGCGAUGACGUGUCGAAUUUGAUUUGGCGCGGAAAUUCAAAAAUUGAAUUUCACGCGCAAAUAUAAGAAACAUCGGUGUUGUUUGUUUUAUUAAUGUAUUCGACUGUCUGAAAGGUAAUACCGCAGAUGACUUCGAAAAAAGUCUUAGUUUGAUUCGUAUUAACGUCACGUAAGUGGCGUGAUUGUCUGUGUAACGCACAAGAGAUGUUUUGGCAGAAGGCAGUUAAUUUGUCGGUGUUAAUUUAUAAAGGAAAACUAUAUGGAUAACCAGAAUUUGUUCAAGAUGUAAUUUUGCUUACUGAUGAAGAUUUGACAAUUGAUAACCGUCUGCUGUUUGUUUUCAAUACAAAUUUUUCGUUGCAAAAUUCAAACACGUUAUUUUAUCAAGCCAAUAUACAAAAAUACUUAAAUAGUUAAAACUAUUUAGUUGCUAGUGUCACAUAUCAUAUAAGUACAGCGUAGUUAAACAUUCACCUGUGAAAUAAAUAAAAGUCACACGUACUUUACUAGAAUAUCUAUUGUAUAUCUACAUAUUUACAUAUCUUUUUUUAACAAAACAUGUCAUGUACGUGUUAAAAGCGCUUUUUAUGUUGUUGACGGAAAAAUAGCUACUUACAUCUAGCUGAAAUUGUGGAUAUCUUCACCAGUGAGCGAAAUAUUGUCUUGGAAGAAAUUCUGGGAACCCUGUAUGAUUUACUGUUUUAAUGUUAUUUAGAAUCGUUGUCUUAAAGAGCAGCUUCAUAUGGUGCCAAAUGUAAUUGAUAUAAUAUAUGGUGUAACGUAUUAUCUAUAUAUGUACAAUGUAUCAUAUAGUUACCGUUUGGGUGAACAAGUGUCAGCUGAAUUGUUUUCUUUAAAUCAUUUCGUAUAUUUUUAUUAUAUAGUUUUACAAAACGAAAGUAUUUUUGG